AUGUGCGAACUGUACAGUAAACAGGACACCCUAGCGCUGAGGAAGAAGUACCUCGGGCCCUCAUGUAAAGUUUUCUUUGCGGCGGAUCCCAUCAAAAUAGUGCGAGCCGGGAAGCAGUACAUGUUUGACGAGAAAGGCGAACAGUACUUGGACUGCAUCAACAAUGUUGCCCAUGUGGGACACUCUCACCCUGAAGUCGUCAAAGCUGCCACAAAGCAGAUGGAGCUGCUAAAUACAAACUCUCGCUUCCUCCACGACAGCAUUGUGGAGUAUGCCAAGCGCCUGUCGGCAACCCUGCCGGAGAAACUCUCUGUUUGCUAUUUUACAAAUUCGGGGUCUGAAGCCAAUGACUUAGCUUUGCGUCUGGCCCGGCAGUACAGAGGCCACCAAGAUGUGAUCACUCUUGACCAAACUCAGUAUAUUGCUGCUUUUAUUGCUGAAUCCAUGCAGAGUUGUGGCGGACAAAUAAUUCCUCCAGCAGGCUACUUCCAGAAAGUGGCAGAAUAUGUACAUGAAGCAGGGGGUGUAUUUAUAGCUGAUGAAGUUCAAGUUGGCUUUGGCCGGGUUGGGAAACAUUUCUGGAGUUUCCAAAUGAAUGGCAAAGACUUUGUUCCUGACAUUGUCACAAUGGGAAAACCAAUGGGCAAUGGCCACCCAAUGGCAUGUGUAGUAACAACCAGAGAAAUUGCAGAAGCUUUUGGCAGAUCUGGAAUGGAGUAUUUUAAUACGUAUGGAGGAAAUCCAGUAUCUUGUGCCGUUGGCCUCACUGUCCUGGAUAUAAUUGAAAAUGAAGAUCUUCAAGGAAAUGCAACCAGAGUAGGAAAUUAUCUUACUGAGUUACUGAAUAAACAGAAGGCUAAGCAUACUUUGAUAGGAGAUAUUAGAGGCGCUGGUCUUUUUAUUGGAAUUGACUUAGUGAACGACCGUGAGAAAAGAACCCCAGCCACAGCGGAGGCGCAACACAUCAUCUACAAGAUGAAGGAAAAGCGAGUUUUACUCAGUGCUGAUGGGCCUCACAGAAAUGUGCUAAAAAUCAAACCACCUAUGUGCUUCACUGAAGAGAAUGCGGAGUUUAUGGUGGAACAGCUCGACAGGAUCCUAACAGUUUUGGAAGAAUCCACAGGCUCCAAAGCUGAAAGCAUGAUCUCUGAGAAGACUUUGUGCAGAACAAAGAUGUUUAAGGACACACGCUCGGAAUUGCCCAGUGAUGGUCCCACCGAAGCCAAAGAAAAUCCCAGCAGGAAGAGAAAUGGAUUAUGCCCAGAUAAACAGUCUCUGCUCAGUAAGAGGCUCAAGACAUGA